GGUUAAAUUUAUUGCAUAGUCAUGUUUCAAGUAAAAUAGUUGGUUAAAAGUAUAGAUAAGAAGGACUCUCAUUUUAACUAUAUAAUGAGAGUCAAAAGAGAUGCCAGCUGGAACUAACUCCAGGACACAGCUCAAGAACAAAGCUGCCAGAAUGCUUACAUCCUGCAGAAGCCAGCCCCCCGGACGAAAUCUGAUGCUGACUGACCGUUGAGAGAAGUCUGGCUGCUUUGUUGGGAGUGAUCCAGACUAACACGGCUACCCCUCUGAUACUUGACACCAUGCAAGGCAAGGCAUUUAGCUGUAUGGAGUGGAAAUCCAUCAACCUCAUGAAGAAACUUGCACAAAUACAGACAGAUAUCAUCUUCCUUUCCAAAUGCAAACGGAUGGACAUCAUACCAAAUGGACUAAAGGUAAAAAAUACACUGCUAUCUACAUACUACACAGACCACAGUGAGAGAUUAUGUCAUACUCUAUCAAAGAAACUGAGGAACCACCUGAUCAGCAUCCUAUACAGCAAACAGGAAAACAUCAAAAAAGAGUUCUCCAACCUGGAGACUCUCAUUAAUAACCAAACUUCCAUACAAACGGACUUCACUAAAAUAAGACAGGAGAUCUACAUUACUCCCUUCACCUCUCUACAAAGGAAAAAGGACGGUAAGCUGUCUAAACUCCUACUUGCCACAUGGGGCCACAACCGUGGUACCCCUAACCCACCCAGCAAUAUCAUCAAUCUGUCCAACCACACACUCAGCCCAGAAGAAAAGUCUGUCCUAUCUCAGGGACUCUCUUUCUGCCCUGCCACCCCCACCAACAUGAUACAGUUCUGCGGCGAUCUGGAAGCCUACUUUCGCCGUCUCCGACUCAAAGAAUAUUUUCAGGACAACACUGAACAGCGCACUGAUACACAGGUACCCUUCCACCAACAGCACAAGAAGAAGAACUCCACAUGGACUCCUCCUGAGGGUCAAAAUGACAGUCUGGACCUAUACAUUGAAUGCUUCCGCCGACGUGCACAGGAGAAAUUGUGGAAAAACAACAUCGCUUGCCUCAUAACCUAAGUUGUGCAGAACGCAAUGCCAUCCACAGCCUCAGAAACCACCUUGACAUUAUAAUCAAAGAGGCUGAUAAAGGAGGUGCUGUUGUCAUCAUGAACAGGUCUGACUACCAAAAGGAGGGUGCCAGACAACUCUCCAACACCAAAUUCUACAGGCCACUUCCCUCAGAUCCCACUGAGGAAUACACUAAGAAACUGCACCAUCUACUCAGGACACUCCCUACACUAACACCGCAACAAAUCAAUGUACCCUCAGAGCCCCGACCAGGGUUAUUCUAUGUGAAAGUAGAAUGAAUUAAAUUGUAAAAAUAAGAAUGGAUUAAAGAAAUGUUGUAUGUACCUUUAAGCAGAAAUAAGAAAUGUUGAAAUACAGGUGCCAGGAAAAGAAACAUUAGGCAUAAACAAGGGUGCUAAUGGCGAAACGUUA